GUCAUGCAGGGUCGACAGUUCAGCGCCGUAGAGCAGCAGAAGCUCGGCUGCACCCGUGGCUGUUGCGGCCGAGAGAAUCCAGAGGCGGCUGCUGCUGCCGUCACCAUGUCGGAGUUGGCCUCCUGUCCUUGGCAUCGCAUGAAUGCGUGGCUGCUCGCGGGAGGCCAAGACAACUCGGAUUGGCUCGUGACAACAUGGAUAGCAGCGACCAUGAUCCAGGCAAGGUGGCGCUGCUAUCAUGUGAAGCGCAAGAAGUUGGACAAGGCUUCUACAACCAUCCAGAGAAUCAUCCGUGCCUUUCUGGUGCGUCGUCUGCUGUCAAAGCGGCGCAAAGCAAUCGUCAUCCAGCGGCAUGCCAGAGGAGUGAUCACUCGUAAUCGUCUUCGUGCAAAACAUCGGGCUGCCGUCAAAGCCCAGUCGCUCAUCCGGGGCUUCCUCGGAAGAAGACGUGUGAAAAAGAAACGUCUAGGCAUGGACCAGCUGGCUUUGACAAUUCAGUGUGCCGUCCGUUGCCACCAAGCGCGACGGAGAGUGCAGGUUCGGCGGGAUGCAGCCGCUGAUGCAAAGGCCAGAGUGGCCGGAGCGGUCAACAUCCAGCGGAUUUACCGCGGCAUCCAAGGCAGGAACCAAGCGACUGAAAAGCUGGCUGAGUACAAUACAGCUAUGGAGCAGCACAGAGCUGCAACGAAACUGCCGGCUAUGGCGAGACGAGAUGCCGCCAUCAAAAGAGUGGACAAGAUCAGGUUGGACAAGUUCGAGGAGAUGAACAAGGCUGCCACGACCAUCCGCAAGCUGUGGAAGGGAAAGAAGACCCGGCGAAAGUACCAACAACUCAUGGAAGAGUUUGCAAGGCACGUCGACAACGUCAUCACCAUCCAGCGAUAUGCCCGCGGAUUUCUAGUGCGGCUCCGCAUGUGGCGACAAGCAGUCCGUGCGGAAGAAGAGUUGUGGGCCUCCUUAGAGAUUCAGCGUGUGUGGCGUGGGUACCUGGGCCGCGUGAAGUGGGAAGCUAAAUACGAGGAGGUUUGGCAGAAGGAAAUGGCUGCCGCUAUGAUCGAGAGAAACAUCCGUGGUUGGCUAGCCCGUGCCAAGGUGGGGCGCAUUCGCCGCAGAAUCGCGCGUGCCGAGUUUGAGCGCGCUCGCAAGCGAUUCCGAGCAGCGCAGCGGAUCCAGGCCCUGGUGCGCGGAGUUCUCGUGCGGAUACGAUUUGUGCGGCGCUACGCCAGAGCCAGGACUGCCGCUGUGCGCAUCCAAAGAGUAGCCAGAGGCCAUGCGCUAAGAAAGCGCUUGUGGCACCAGGUGAAAGCGCAGAAGGCCACCUACAUUGAGGCUCAUGCAAGAGGCUUCCUCGUCAAGCGACGCCGACUGCACCUGAUGCUCAGCUUGACAAAGACUACAAGCAUGAUUUGGAACUUUAAGCACUUCGACGAAGCAACUCCAGCAGUACAUCUGCAAUGCUGUCGGUUCGUGUUAAUGCAAAGAUGUCCUUUUCAGUGCCGGUUGAAUAUUGAGAAAUUCCCAAGGAUCACCAGGGUGAUGCGCAUCCAGCGCGUGUGGAGGUUCUCACUUUGGUGCAACAGUGCAGCAUGA